AUGUGCAAGGAAUUGGAAGUCCUGGUGAAGGCGCUCGAGCGCCACCCCAGCGAUGCCGGAGUGCAGCGUUAUGCGAGCAGGGCGCUGGCAAACCUAUGCUUGAACUCCCAAGAGCGCAGAGCGAAGGCCGCCGACCUGGGAGCCCUGGAGGCUGUGGUGAAGGCACUCGAGCGCCACCCCAGCGAUGCCGAAGUGCAGGGUUGUGCGAGCAGUGCGCUGGGAAACCUAUGCGUCUACUCCCAAGAGCGCAGCGCGAAGGCCGCCGACCUGGGAGCCCUGAAGGCUGUGGUGAAGGCGCUCGAGCGCCACCCCAGCGAUGCCAACGUGCAGCGCUGUGCGAGCCGUGCGCUGGCAAACCUAUGCGCCAACUCCCAAGAGCGCAGCGCGAAGGCCGCCGACCUGGGAGCCCUGAAGGCUGUGGUGAAGGCGCUCGAGCGCCACCCCAGCGAUGCCAACGUGCUUCGCCAUGCGAGCGGUGCGCUGGGAAACGUAUGCCACGACCAAGAGCGCAGAGCGAAGGCCGCCGACCUGGGAGCCCUGGAGGCUGUGGUGAAGGCGCUCGAGCGCCACCCCAGCGAUGCCGAAGUGCAGAGCCAGGCGAGCCGUGUUCUGGGAAAGUUACUCAGAAACUCCCAGCAGAGUCAGUUAACAGAUGGUGGAGCAGGCGGAGCCAGGCCCAGCACCCCAGCCCCGACUCCGAAGAGCGCCACCGCAGCACCGACAGCCCAAGAAGUGAUUUCGAGAGAAGAGCCAGAGACUGAGAAGAAGCGAUUUUCCUUGGACAUGGACAAGUCGGACAUCCCUGCGGGCAUCCACAUAUGCCAGUCUCUCGACAGGGUCUACCAAUGCUUCCAAACGUCAGAAGUCGCCAAGGGAGACGAGUUCCUAAAGGCUUGCUGCCAGGAGGCACGGCUGCCUGUGGCACACGAGCGCCUUAAGCAAAGCGUGUUCGGGCUCCUGGAGCCUGAGGAAAUCAAGGAGUUCCUCCUGGCGCCGGACCACCGGAUGUGGAUGGAGAUCAAGGGGAGAACCGAAAGGUUUCUGCAGCUGCUGGAUGAGCCAGGAACACGGGUGCAGUGGAAAGUGAAGAGCAUCACGCCGGAGUCCAAACACGAAGUCUUGCGCACACUGCGCCCAGUGAUCAUGGACCAGACAGUUCGGGAGCCGGCUACAAACACUCCAUUCGGGCAUACCGGCUAUAUGAAAUACCUCACCCUUGAAAUUGUGCGCCGCAUGGGCUUCAAGGACAUCGCCAUUACUGGCCAAUACUACGGCUCGUCCUAUACUCCCGAGACCCAAAUCCUCGAAUGGAUGAAGUACAAAGGCGAGUCCAUGGACGGCACAGUGGCCAUGUUUGGGCCGGGGGAUCGCUCAGCGGGAAUCCAGGCCAUCCGGGACUUCCGCAUUCCGAACGCCUUCUUGGACUUGACGCUGAAGGCCAGCAUCCGCUUCAAGGAUACUAACUUCGUCACAUCGGUUCUGGAAGCCGUCGAGGAGUUGGAUUCAAUCUUCACUCAUGAGAUGAAGUUGCCACGGGAUCCCUGGCGGAGCGAUGCGAAUGUGAACAGCAAGGAAGGCGUGGGCGGCAAAGGCGAGAUAUCCCUCAACCUGGUGGACCUCAUGGAGUUCUUGGAUCUACAGCCUGGUGAGACGCUGGAGCAGGAGAAGAAGCCCCAGCAGCUGAGGGCUGAGGAGGCCUUUGCCAGGUGGAAAAAGUCAGAUGCCUUUCGGCGGCGGGUCGUGGCGAUUCUGACAGAGGAGGGCCGAGGAUGUGCCAACCACAUGGACUACGGGGUGAUCACAAGGUGGCUCCGAAAGCAUUUCCCGGUCGAGGAGAAGUACCGCAUCCUCAUCCAUGCUCAUGCUGGGGAUGGCAACACCCAGGACGCUGCAGGCAUCGAAGCGGCAUUGCAAGGAGGAAAUGGCGUAUGGUCAGCGAUCAUACCUCAGGCGGCCCAAGGUGGGCACAACUCCAGUCUUGUGUUCCUCGACAACAUGUUCCACUUGGGCAACGAGAAUGUACUGAAUGAUUUUUGGUUAUUCCAAGCAUCGCAAUGUGCGCGCCACAUCUACUACCUCAAUUUCAACACGUACGACAUCCCUGGUGAUUGCCCAAUUUGGGGCGAUCGUGUCAACAAGCUCACCCACACAGCAUUCUGCAAAGUCACGGGUGAAGACUGGCGCCAGCGUCGGGGCAACUACUACAAUGUCUGGGGUGAGCGAGAAGCUUUGGAGUUGAAGGACAUUGCGAAGAACUCCAAGCACCGAGAUGACGUGUGCGCGCUCCGCUCCGAGGAGAAGAAAGCAGAGGGUAAGUACCGGAUCUCUCCUUUGGUUUCAGACCUCGACACAUGGACAAUGCGGAUUUCCGAGACGCGCCUCCUGGGUCCACGGGAAAUCGUGGGCGACAUCUCGGAGGAAGUUCGCGCGCUAGGCUUCGCUUUGAUGAACGCAGGUCUUCGUGUGAACUUAGAUGCAGAAGCAACCCUCGGCCGCCUGAUCCGGAUCGUCAAGCGCAUCCGGAAAGAGACGGCCAGGUGCCCAGAGGUAGAUGGUUACCAAAAGGCCAAGCAACACCAGGGGGAUCAUGAGUGA